CUCUCCACCUUAACGUCGCCAUUACUGAAUUCAAGCAGCCCGGCGGCGAUCUGGCUGCUGGCGAUCCAGAUACGUACAGGGUCGUCUACAAGGGGCUCUUCAACUAUAAACCACUCAUGCCGCCACACUAGAGGCAGUGCUGCAUUCCUGACGUCCUGUCCAACUCUGCACCACGCCCGGACGCUCCCAGUCUGAAAAGAGCCUCCAAACUGAACACAAACGUGAUCCAAAUGCGGCUGCGUGCAUCGUGUCCUGGUUCGGGCAAAUAAUAAUACACGCAUGUCCCAACCACCUCCUCUUCCUCCACCCCCGGCCCUCCCUCUACCACCCGCUUCUCAACCUCCUCCAGCCAUGACUGAGACGCAGAAGCCUCCCGUCUUCUCCCCUCCAAGCUUUCUCGACUACUCCCAUCGCCGCCUGCCCCCACUAGAGAUUCCGCCAGAUGCUGUACCACACCGGUCGGAUCACCACUUCCGCUCCCCCAUCAACCAGCUACCUUCGAUCCACUCUGGACUGCCUCCUCGCAAUGACUACCACCCACAGCCGCCCGCAACACAUAGACCAGCGGCCGCGCCCGUUGACAAGUUGUUGCAGCCCUCCAAUCCCUACACCCCACCCAGGUCCGAUCCGCCAUAUUCUCCUCGGCAAUACGGCCCUCCAAUUUCGCCACAUUCAGAAUAUGACAGCAGAGGCCCUCGAAGACUAGCUGAACAGCGGUAUUCCUACGAGGAGCACCGUCCUUUUCAGCGCCGUCCACCGCAUCCCGAGCAAGGAGGGUAUUCGUCUCUUACUUCGCCAGUAGAACCAUCGCACCAAAGGUCUUAUCCUCCGCUUCCCUCACCUGCAUAUACUCCGAGCUAUGCAUCAAGUAGCACUGCAUAUCGCGGAUCUGUUGGCUCCCUACAACACGCGCGAUCCCAACGAGGCUCCAUUGGAGGGCCUUUGGCCCCGGUUGCAUAUUCAGAGCCUUCGACCGCUGCUCCUCCACCCCCAAAACAAGUGCGCCCUAUCCCAUUACCAGGGUCCAUACCACAACCCGUGUACAAUGAACAACUAAACCUCAACUAUGAGCUCCGUGUCCGACAACAGCCCAUUGCCGCACGAGCGUGCGGAUUCGGCGAACGCGACCGAAGAGUCAUUGACCCUCCACCCAUCAUCCAACUCUUAGUAACGGAUCCGAAAACUGGUGCUGCUGAACAAGAAGAGCUACGCUACUCUCUCAACGUAGUCCACUGCACGCUUUGGAAUGCAGAAGGCACCAACGAAGAAACAGCACUCAUACAACCAGACCGACGAACGACACGGCGAUUAAUGGGCCAGCUCGUAGCCUCGCCAUCCGUGGCAAAAGACGAGCACGAUGUCGAGGGCUGUUUCUUUUGCUUCCCAGAUCUUUCAUGCCGCACCCAUGGCAAAUACCGGCUUCGGUUUGUGCUUAUGCGCAUUGACCCCAUGAACCUGCACGUAGGAGGCUUCUCGCCAAUUCUGACCGAAGUCUUGAGUGACGUUUUUACCGUCUAUACAGCCAAAGAUUUUCCCGGUAUGCGGCCGAGCAGCGCUCUGACCAGGGCAUUGAAGCUACAAGGCUGUAAUAUUCAAGUCAAAAAGGGAAACGAGAAGGCGCUUGCACGUAAGCGACUUACUGCGAGUCAAGAGCACGACAACGCAGAAGAAGAGGAGCUCAAGAGGCAGCGCAGGGAAUAACGACCAUUACCCAUGCUAUCUCUCAAAUGACUGGCUUUUCGCAUAUUCUUCCUUUAUAUCGGGCGGCGCAGACAGGGUCAUCAGGGGAUAUCUGAAGCAUUUUUCGCAGAUGCUGUUUUGCAUUUUGACGACGUCACGAAAUGACUGCAUUUCUCACCGACAAUUUUGAUUCUGAAUUCAACGGUUGGUGGGUUGUGCAGAAUAGGGAGGGCGGAGGGUGAAAUCUGGACGGCGUCGAUACGGCGAACCUAUUUUUUUCUUCUUCUGUACUUGCAUUUGGGAAUUCCAGCAAUGAGAGAGCACGAUACCAUUCCAUAGCACCUUAUUCGCAGUCGAUAGAAGUUUUGUUUCCAAGAUGCCUGAAU